AUGCCGCCGUCCUCAGUCGUCCGUCGGCUCAACGAAGAUAUUGUACUCAACAUCGUCUCCUAUCUCCCAGGAUACGAUGCUGUGCAACUCGCUCUCACAUGCAAGUUCAUGUAUGCGAUUUGUUCUCCCAGAUUCCCCAUCGAGAUCUCGAACCAAGCCCAACUCGUUGGACGCCAUCACGACCUCUGUCACCCACACGCUCGCAGCGCCGGUUACAUACACCACCUCAAAAUCAACCUCGUACCCUAUAUAUACAAGGAGUACCUGGAUACCAUUGGCAAUAUCCUCACCGCGACGAAGAAUUUGCGAAGCUUGGAAUUCCAAGUUUGCGAUGCUAGCUUCAUACUCCACCCACCAGCCACUCGUGCGCUUGCUCAGAUGCAAGAGUUGCGAUCUUUGUCUUGCAGUCCAGUUAGCCCCGGCGUGCUGUCAGUGAUCAAGUCUAUUCCUUCACGCAAUCUGGUCACGCUGGACCUCUGCUACUACUCUCAGCGGCAUCACGAUUUCUCUCCUUUGUUGUCCACCCUGGAAGCCUUCCCGAAGCUCUCUACACUCGCCCUAAAGAACUUCCUGCCAGGCCCGGCUCUUCUCGACAUCACCCGCCGUCCAUCGUUCCCGUCCAUUUUGCACGUCACGUUGCGUAAAUGUUCCGCGACAUCCACGGACCUCGUCUACCUCUGCCCCAAACUCGAGUCGUUGAACCUCUCUCUCGACCGCGAAGAGCACUCUGCGGGCGCCCACACGGAUUCCCGCCGAAGAUGGCCCAAGCUCUCCCGCCUCACCGCGCACAUCGGCCGCGCGGCGGCAUGGGGCGCAGAUGCCGCCGCGCAGGACGACGACGAUCGGCGGACGAUCCUCGUCGGGCUGCUCGAGCACCGCGCGGGCCCCGUCCCGCACCUCGAGCUCACCGGCGAGUGGGAGUUCACCCGCGACGGCGUCACCGCCGUCGACGCCGCCACGUCGCGCCGCCUCACACGCCUCCUCGCCGCGCUCCAACCCCGCGUGCUCACACUCCCGGUGCAUGCGGGCUUCCAGAGCCUGGACAAGAGGCUCGACGGCCGGAUGUGGACCGAGGUCGCGCGCGCGCUCCCGCGCCUGCGCGCGCUGACGCUGCGCUGCUCCGAGCACCACAGCUGGGUCCCUCCGGACACGCUCGCCGCGGCGCUCGCGCACCUCCCGCUCCGCUGCCUUUUCAUCGACACCAGCCCGGUUGAUGAUCCGAAGGCAUCAGGUCCGGACUACCGUGUGGUUGAGCGUAUUCAAGUACUGGGCGCGCUCCCCGCGAAGCUGCUUGCCGCGCUCACGAAGAUGCGCGUUCUGGGCAUCAAGGGGAUGACCGCGCCACCCGAAGAUGCGUUCAAGGACCUCAAGCUGGAAGUAUUCCUUCCCUACGAGCUGGACGAGUGGAGGAAGGAGCACGGUGAACGGAACACGCGUUGGUGGCGGGUAGAUGGGACAGGGGCGGAGCGGAGGCUAGUGGAGCUUUGGCGCGAGGAUGGGGAGCAUGCGCAGAAGCUGGUGGAAACCGCGGAGAAGUAUCGUGUCGCGGACCUGGCCGAAAUAUAUCUGGACAAGUGCCGCUAUGAGCCAUAA